AUGGACACCGGCAUCAUCGGCUCCGUGGUAGUGAUGGACCAAUUCAAGCAGAAAUUCGGCUCCUUCUCAUCCAUCGUCCAUGGUCUAGUAGUCUCAUCCAUCCUGAUCCCUGCGGCCUUUUCGUCGUUCUUCGGAGGGAAACUAGCCGACUGGAUCGGACGACCCAGAAGCAUCGCAAUCGGUGCCCUUAUUUUCGGUAUCGGAUGUGCCUUUGAAGCAGGUGCAGUGCAUCUGGCCAUGUUUAUCGUUGGCCGUGUUGUCGAGGGUCUCGGCGAGGGUCUAUACCUGGGGACCCUAGUAGUAUACAUCUGCGAAAUCUCCCCACCAAGUCAACGAGGCCCACUAACCACCGGCCCUCAACUCCUCGUCACAAUGGGCCUCGUAGUCGGCUUCUUCACCUGCUACGGCUGCGAGAAAAUGCCUUCAUCCAUGGCGUGGCGAACGCCAUUCACCGUCCUGGCCUGCAUUUCCAUCGUCUUCAGUCUCGCUGCGUUCUUAUGGCUAAUUGAUUCCCCACGAUGGCUCACACUCCAUAAUCGCGUCGACGACGCCACUCGCGCUUGGGAAUAUCUGCAAGUAAGCCAGGCCGAUCGCGAGGAACUCCUCGAAGAGGAAGAGGAAGUCGACGUUCGUGAAGAGGCCCUGACGCAUCCGCUCGCCCCGACGGAGAGUGUCCUUGCGCCGAAUACCCUUGAUCAGGUGGUUUCCCGCCAUAGUCGCGUAUCUACCCGCCGGACGAAGGGUAAGGGGAUGGAAGAAGCCUCGCUGUUCGAUGCAUUCAAGCCCGAUGUGCGCAGUCGCACGCUCCUUGGCCUGUUUCUCAUGGGUAUGCAGCAGAUGGCUGGGAUUGACGGAGUUUUAUACUAUGCCCCCAUGCUCUUCGAACAAGCCGGCAUGACCUCCUCCCAAGCCAGCUUCCUAGCCUCUGGCGUCUCCGGCCUAGUCAUCUUCGUCGUGACAAUCCCAGGCCUCAUUUACGCCGAUUCCUGGAGCCGGCGCGCCAACGUCAUCCUCGGCGGUCUGGGACUCACCAUCACCAUGUUCGUGAUCGGUUCAUUGUACGCCGCCGAUGCAGUGCACCAUUCGACCGGCGCAGGUCGCUGGGUCGUUAUCGUCGCGAUUUAUCUUUUCGCUGCUAUUUAUAGUGUCUCGUGGGGCGUGAGUUGCAAGGUCUACGCGGCGGAGAUCCAGCCUCAGCGGACGAGAGCGAGCGCGACGUGUCUGGCGCAUGGGAGUAACUGGGUGUCGAAUUUCUUUGUUGCGCUGAUUACGCCGGUCUUGUUGGCGAGGAGUAGUUGUGCGGCAUACUUUCUAUUUGGGGGUUGUACGGCGCUGACGAUUGUUGUUUGUGGGUUUUAUAUGCCCGAGACGAAGGGACGGUCGUUGGAGGAGGUGGAGAGGUGCUUUGUUAGAGGGAAGGAGGAUUCAUAG